AUGGCUAUCCUCGUAGCAUGUCUAGUCUAUUACAUAAUUUUGUCUGUAACUAAUACUGUCACCGGUCGUAUUCUGAGGCUUAAUACUUUGGAUGACUUAAUCUCUGAUGGGGUUGAUGCUGAUGUGAUUCAAGCUCCCUCUUUGAACCCCGGGAGCUCUCUUACUAGUCGAUGUCUAAUCGGCCGAGGGAGCAAGAGACUCUUCAACAUCUUAGGCACUGGUGUCUACGGUGCUACUGUUUUCCGUAUACUCACAUUGUUGCCAAAGAUAGCUAUGGUAAUUGUAUCUGGAAUUCUCAAGAGCAAAGACGGUGCUCAAGAUUCUGUUUCAUUCGGGGUAGAUACAGGGACAACAAUCGACAAAAAGACAUGUUACACCGCUGGAAUCAUGCUUCUGUCUUUGAUCCCUUACUUCAUAGUGCAAGUGGCCAAUAUCUUCGACUCAUCAUUUGGAACGCGAAUGGUGAUCUUGAUCAUCCUCGUGGUCUCAACACUGAUGCUACUGUCAUACUUCUUGUACCAAAUUUUCGAUCCAUGGAUUCAGGAAAGGAGUUUGGAGUAUUCCAAGUAUGAGAAUCUGCUUGUCGGAUUUCUGCAGCACGUGCAGAGGCGCGCCAAGGAGAAGCUCGUUGAUGAUAGUGGCCAACCUAACAUUACAGUUAUCAAAGGGCUGUUCAAUGAGACUGACAAAGAUGCUGAUAAAAGCAUAACGUUUCAUGAAUUGGAAAAACUGAUUCACGAGAUUCAGUCCGGGAAAGUAGAGGUGGAGAAAGGCUAUGCUAUUUCAGAAAUGUUGAAAACAUUUGAUCUCAACAGAGAUGGAAGGAUUGAAGAAGAUGAGUUCGUAGAGGGAUGCUCGAAAUGGAUCAAUGAAGCUGCGGAGCUAGCUGGAAAGGGUGACUCUGAUGCAGCAGAAUUCUUGCGAGAGGUUGUUGAACCAGUUUGCAAGAAGAAAAGAUUUGAAAAGGCUGAUAUUGAGCAUCUAAUGGCAAGAAUAUUGAAGCAUGCACACAGUGAAGAGCUUGAAGCAGAACAGCUUGUAACAGAUGACGGAAAGCCUAAUAUUGAACGAAUCAAAGCUCUGUUCAAGCAAUUUGAUACAGACAGAAGCAGCUCGCUGUCACGGCCAGAGCUGGAGCAGUUGAUCCACACUACAGUCACCAAAACUGGAGAUUCUCAAUUGCAUCAUGAAGAAAUGGUGAAGAAGUUUGUGGAAGAUUUCGAUAUGGAUGGUGAUGACAUUGUUGACGAGCAAGAAUUUGUUCAUGGCAUGACUAAAUGGCUUAACAAAGCCAUGGACGUCACUAAAUGCAAGGAUGCAAAGAGAUCAAUUGAUGAAUUUGACAAGAUUAUGUGGGGAGAAGUUGACAAUCUAGUGUAUAAAGUUGGUCGGAACGAGGGCAGCCGUUUGAAGCUAUUGACAUGGAGUUCCACAAAAUCCAUAUUUCAAGUGAUGUUAGGCAUUGCUAUACUGACCUUCCUCUCUGGACCUCUGAAGACCAGCAUCCAACACUUCUCACAUGCCAUCGGCGUGCCUGCCUUCUUCGUCUCCUUCGUUGUUGUCCCCAUAUGCUUGAAUGCACUCUCAGCAAUAUUCCCAGCAAGCCAGAAGAGCUCAAGAACCUCUUCUCUGACAUUCUCAGAGAUAUAUGGCGGAGUGGUGAUGAACAACAUCAUGGGAUUGUCAACACUUUUAGCAAUUGUGUACAUAAAUGGAUUGGAAUGGGAUUACUCAGCUGAGGUGCUGACAGUUUUGUUGGUGUGUGCAGUAAUUGAAGUGCUUGCAUGUUCACAAACUACAUAUCCAUUGUGGACAUGCCUCUUGGCCUUUUUCCUCUACCCAUUCUCCUUGCUAAUGUAUUAUGUUUUCCAGUAUGUGUUGGGCUGGAAUUAAAGUAUGUAGUUUUCCUAUUUAUGUAAUUUUACUAUAUGAAACAUGGUUAACAAUAAAACAAGUACUAUCAAUGAUGAUUAUAAAGAUUAAAAAUCAAAACUUGUGAACA